CGGCGAYGAGAACGCAGACGGUUGCAGUCGCUGUUCCCUUUCCACGAAGAAGAAGAGAAGAUCGAGGGACCGAUUGCUAGACCGACACCUACAGCAAACUCGAUGCCACCUGCUGCUCAUCCGAUGGAAGAACAACAACGAUCCAUGGAACAACAGCGACCGGAUUCUGCGACACCCAGGAAGCGGCCUCUCGGUCACUGCACCUCCCUCCGUGGGCCUCCGAGCAGAGAAUCCCGAUGGCGGACCCCGCAACAGCGAUCCACCCGAGGGUCGAACUCCUCCGUGAUUCGCAAUCCCUACUCCAAGAGCCGCCGGCGCCGGUCUCCGGGACAGACAUCUCYGUGGCCGCAACAACAACCGCAACCGCAACCGCGGCCUCGAUCCUCUCCCAACCUAGGAGGAGGCCAGCAAUGGCGAUCCCCGAGGAGAGAGUCCGGGGGCAGUGCGUGUAACAGUGCGCGGCACCACGCUCGCGGCGGUUUCGGCCCUKCCCGGAACAACGACGGGGGCGUUCCCUCCCCAAAAACUGCACAGCCMCGUUCCUGGGCCGAAGAACUCGGGUCGUCCCCCGAGUUCGGAGACAUCACGGACGGCAUCCGGGACCUCGCGCUGGAGGACGGCCUCCCGGCGGGAACCGAGCGACGCCAGAAAGGGGACGAKCUCCAGGAAAAAGCCAUCGCUCUGGCAAAAGACCGCCAGAACAUUUUUCUCACCGGAAAAGCCGGUACCGGAAAGUCGUGGACGACGCGGAGGAUCGUGGAAUACUUUCGCAACGAAGCAAUCACAACCCACGUCACCGCACCGACCGGUGUCGCGGCUAUCAACGUGGGGGGGAAACCAUACACAAAUGGGGAAAUUUCCAGAAGGGGGAGUACUACAGCGAUUUCAAUAAGAUGAUGAGCGAGGAAACGAGAGAAACAAUUGAGGAAACGAAGGUAUUGCUCAUCGACGAAAUAUCCAUGGUCGAUGGACACUUUYUUGACGUCCUCGAAUGUAUAGUUGCGAUUAUCAGGUGUUACUCGGAAGUCAGAGAUAGGCUGAAAGCCAUCCAGGACGAAGCAGAUAACAUUGUAAAUCMUCAUGUGCUAGAAAUGCGCUGGAGCACGACCCCCGAUGGCUUGGCAGACAUACCGCCAUGGGGAGGCAUCCAGUUGAUUGUGAUCGGUGAUUUCUUCCAAUUGCCUCCCGUGCCAAACUCGUCCCGUAGGUGUAGUGGCGACGACGGGAGGUGCGGCAAUGCCAUAGAGGAAAACGACGAAUUGUGCGAGGAGGAAUCCGAUCUUCGCAUAGGACGGCAGGGCUCGUAUGCCUUUCAGAGCCACUCGUGGCAGAAGAGCGAGAUGCACACUAUCGAGCUCGAAACGGUGCACCGGCAGACCAACCGCAACGACGGGCUCUUCGAGCUUCUCAACGACAUGCGCGAGGGGAAGACGAGCGACCUGCGAUCUCCCAGACACAGCGCGGCCCUUAGCGCACUCCGGAACCCGCUGCCGCUUCGAAGCGACGGAAUCGUUCCGACGCGCCUGCACGCCCGCAACCGCGACGUCGACGCGGUCAACAGAAACAAACUCGCGGGGCUGGAAGGGGAGGAGAUCCUGUUUGUUUCGAUCGACGAGGUGGUCUUUGAUCAAAAGUACAAGUCGAAAGUCAUCAAGAAGUACGGACUCGAAUGCCUCACAGGCUUGCCCUUCCUGUUUGGAUCCGUCGAGGCGCCACCGGUUCCCGAAGCACUGCAACAGGCUCGCAAUGGUCUUGCCGAGCUCGAAGAAAAAAAAAGAGAGGCUCAAAGCGACCGACGACUACGAGGCCUUGAUUGCCAUGCGUCCCGCCUUGACGACUCAAAAAGAGAAAGUGGAGACUCUCGAGAAAGACGAAACUCUCAAUUCCACCAUCAGUGUCUCCUCGAUAGCGAAGUAUACGGGUAACAAAGAUCCCAAUAUUCUGUUCGAAAACUUUCAGCGAUUCGAUUGCCAGAUCAAACACGAUUACAAGGUACUGAAAGAACACGCAAACGAGAGGUUUUUCAAGAACAACUGCAGAGCAAAAGAUAAGAUAGAACUGAAAGAAGAAGCGCAAGUAAUGCUACUAUGGAAUCUAGACGUUCGCGAUGGACUAGCAAAUGGAAGCAGAGGUGUGCUGAAGGCUUUUAUACCUGUUUCCUCUUAUUGUUCUCUCUUAAAGGCAGAAAUGAGGACGCGGGAGGAGCAAGAGGAGCGUGAGAGAGAAGGCCCCGACAUUCUACAAAAGGGCCAGUCACCAAAUGCUUCCACUCAAGCCGAUGAUAAUGAAGAAAAAGUAGCAAAUGAACAAACCGAACACGAAAUAGGAAGCAGGAAUGACCGUUGUUCUUCUACAGAUGAAACCCACGUUGUAAACGACAACUUUGAUUGUAUCGACCCRGGUAUUUUGGACGAACUGAAACUGAACAUAGAGUGCAAAAAUUGCGACAAGUUGAAAGCCGAAUUGCAAUCCRUCGAAAAAAGAUUGGCCGACAUACGAUCCGCCAAAAAAAUAUUGCCGAAGUCCCUACCCUACGUUCGGUUUACAAAUGGGAAGGGACGGUUGAUUGUACCCAUCCCGUUUCGGAAAGAGUUCAAGGGCUGUGGCCAUGCAACUCGAUGGCAGGUUCCUCUUUGCCUCGCGUGGGCUAUAUCCAUUCACAAAUCGCAGGGCAUGACCAUCGAUUGGCUUCACGUAGAUCUCAGGGGCUGCUUUGCGCCCGGGCAGGCAUACGUCGCUUGUAGUCGGGGGAGAAGCUUGGAUUCGAUGACGGUGGAAAACUUCAGUUUUGACGAAGUCCGAGCCGACGAGAACGUCAACAAAUUCUACCAAUCACUCAAAGAAGGUGGCGAGCCGUACACCACAACCUGGUGCGACACUGUCAUGGAAUUUGACAACGAAAAAAAGAUCCAGAAGAAACUGGAACGCUUCCAUAAAAAUAGGAAAUGCGGAUGGUGUGAUGCACCCUGCAUUGUGCGAAAAGUAAAAAAGGAGAGUCACAACAAGGGGAGGUGGUUUGUGGCAUGCUCGAAGAGUACUUCAAACGAAAGGGGUCAUCUAUUCGAAUGGAUCUAUAUUUGAUGAUAAAAUGAUAAUUCKAGUUACAAUUUCUCAACGUAGUUUGGCUUUUUCUAAAUUGCAUCUUUUUCGUAUAACGCUUCACACCGCAUAGCCGGAACACUAGUAGAAGCAUUGCGUUCUGAUAGGAAGCCCGUCUGGGAAUUAUGUAACAGACACUCGAUGUAAAGUAGGACCUUGCGUUACCUAUAGCGAUUGCCUUCCGAAAUUGAGCCAGGAGAUGGUGACAACCAUGGACCCUARUGCAAGUGCCCAAAACAUGUAAUAACCCCACGUUGUGUGA